AUUAGACAUUGACGAUCCAUGUAGACUGACAAGCGAAGAAAACCCGAGGAACCUAUACCUGUACCUAUACAUACACACGUAUAUAAACAUACUUGAAAUCCUCCCCAAAUUCAGAGCCCUAGGGGUCCAAACUCUCUUGUCCAGCACAUUUUAUUUCUGAUUUCUUGCUUUCCUUUUUCUUUUUUUUUUUUUGGUUGAAGUUUGUGGAAAUAGGGCAGCAGAUGAGAAUUAAAUUCCUGGGGUAUAUCAACGAAGGAAAUUGUCACCAGAUUUGGAUCGGGUAGGGUCAUGUAUAGAACUAAUAUAAUCGGGUUUGGGUUGGCGGUGGGCUCGAGCGCGUUUAUUGGGUCGAGCUUCAUCAUCAAGAAGAAGGGUUUACAGAGAGCGGGGGCGUCCGGUUCUCGCGCCAGUUCAGGAGGCUAUGGAUAUUUGCUAGAACCUCUUUGGUGGAUUGGAAUGGUCACAAUGAUUGUUGGGGAGUUUGCAAAUUUUGUUGCUUAUAUGUAUGCUCCUGCAGUCCUUGUAACCCCACUUGGAGCAUUAAGCAUAAUUGUCAGUGCUGUUUUAGCUCAUUUCUUACUGAAGGAGAAAUUGGGGAAGUUAGGAAUAUUGGGAUGCGUCUUGUGUAUUGUGGGUUCUACAGUCAUUGUGAUUCAUGCACCUGGUGAACAUAGUAUCAGCUCAGUAGAAGAGAUCUGGGAACUAGCAAUACAGCCAGCUUUUCUUUUGUACACAGCUUCAGCAGUAGCUGUUGUGUUGGUCCUUGUAUUAUAUUGUGAUCCACGCUAUGGCCAGACAAACAUCCUUGUUUAUAUUGGGAUUUGUUCUAUAAUUGGAUCCUUAACAGUUAUGAGCAUUAAAGCAGUUGGUAUUGCUAUAAAACUCACUUUGGAGGGCUAUAGCCAGGUUGCCCACUUCAAGUCCUGGGUAUUUGUCAUGGUUGCAGCCACCUGUAUAAUCACUCAAUUAAUCUACUUAAACAAGGCUUUGGACACAUUUAAUACUGCUAUAGUAUCUCCAAUCUAUUAUGCCUUGUUCACAUCGCUUACCAUUCUUGCGAGUGCCAUAAUGUUCAAGGAUUGGUCUGGUCAGAGCGCUAGUAGCAUUGUUUCAGUACUCUGUGGUUUUAUUACUGUGCUUUCAGGAACCAUGGUUUUGCACAUUACAAGGGAUCCCGAAAAACAGCAAUCUGCAGCAGAUUAUUCAGUACUUUCUCCUCAAAUAUCAUGGCUUGUCCAUGCAAAUGGUGAGAUAUGGAAACAGAACAAUGAUGACUUGCUUCCUGAAUAUGUUGCGCUCAUUCAUCAAGACCAUUUUAAGUAAGCGGAAUGCCAGUAUCACAAACUUGAGUAAAUUGUCCCAAACCAUUUGAAGAUCUAAAAUGCCAGGAAAAUUAAUGGUGUGUGGAUUUUCUGGUAAGCUCUUCUUCAGUCACUGAUCAAGGUUACUUUUUAAUACCAUGUUGGUUAAUAGUUCUGUUCCUUUGAUCAACUUCAAAGUCAUUCUCCUAUUUAGGCUUGAGAGUGCGAUCUAGAUGUAUAAUAACUUAUUCUUUUUGGUCGUGUAUUACUAGCCGAGAAUGAUCCAUAUAUAUUGUAAAAAUCGUCAUGUCAAAAGAAUUAAACCCUUUUGCAUAGAGAUGAAUGGAAGAAAUAUUUUCUUUUA